AUGGUGUCAAUGAAUGCAGAUACACGCACAUGUGAACUCCACAAGACCUGCCCUACCAUUGGGCAGAGAGAGGAAUCUCCUUUCCGACUUCUCACAGUAAGAAUAAUAAGAGCAAGAAAUAUCCAGAAGUCAGACAUGUUUAGUGAAUCUGAUUGCUAUGUGUGUCUAUAUCUGCCAACUGCUUCAAGUGAAGAAGUCCGGACUAUAACGAUUCCGAACAACAAAAAUCCAGUGUGGAAUCAAGCUUUUUGCUAUAAGGUUGACAAACGUGUGAAGAAUAUUCUGCACCUGAAAAUCUGUGAUGAAGAUACGUUCUCCAAAGAUGAUCACCUUUACACAGUCCUCUUUGAUAUCGCUAAGCUGAAUACUGGCCAAACUAGUCGUGUGAACUUCAAAUUGAAUCCAGUGACUCAUGAAGAGCUGGACGUAGAAUUCUCAUUACAGUUCAUCCCAGACCGUCCUGAAAACAUCAUUACAAAUGGAGCAUUGGUGUCACGUGAAGUUUCAUGUCUGGACGUUAUAGUGGAUAUUGAGAAACUAAAGCAACAAUACACAAAAGGUGAGCUGAUACUUAGAGUCAGGGGUUCCUAUGAGGAAACCCAGAAGAUUCCAUUGGCUCCUGACUCCGGCCUUGGUAAUCGAAUUAUUAUUCAGUUUCACCGUAUCAAGAAUCAUCAAUCAAAUCUGGAGGUCACGCUACCUAAGAAGAUGCAAUGGUCAAAUUUGGAUCCAUUUAAAGAAAACUCAGGAAGUAAUGCCACUGUGACUUUGCCUUUGGUUGAGCUUCCCAUAGAAGAGGAAAUAAUAAUGGGAGAGAACAAAACAUUUGAUCUGCAUGUGAAGGAAAGAGAAUGGCGAAAAGACCUAGAUGUACGCUUAGCCUAUGAUUUGUGUGCAGAGGAACAGAGUUUCCUAAGCAAGAGAAGGAAAUAUGUUGGGGCUGCUGUGAAAAAGGCUGUUCAGCUACAGGAAGAGCUGCAGGAUGAUGAGGUUCCUGUGGUGGCAGUCAUGACAACAGGUGGUGGAACCAGGUCAUUCACAGCAAUGUAUGGAAGCCUUCUGGGUUUACAGAAACUGAAUCUGUUAGAUUGCAUUACAUACAUCACAGGCUUAUCAGGCACAACAUGGACUAUGGCAAAGUUGUAUGAGGAUGCUGAUUGGUCACAAAAAUACCUGGAAGAAUCCAUUAACAAAGCCCGGAAGCAAGUGGCCAAAUCCAAGUUUAACUGUUUUUCUAUGGAUAAGCUGAAGUAUUAUUAUAAUGAACUGAAACAAAGAACCAACGAAGGACACAAGACUUCAUUUAUAGACCUCUGGGGACUUGUCAUUGAGUCCAUGUUGCAGGACGAGAAAGACCUUCAUACCCUCUCAGAUCAGCGAAUGGCUGUAAGUGAGGGACAGAACCCCUUGCCCAUUUACAUGGCUGUCAACCUCAAAGACAACUAUAGUGCUCAGGAUUUUAGAGAGUGGCUGGAGUUCACUCCUUAUGAAGUGGGAAGCUUAAAACAUGGAGCAUCCAUUCAUUCAGAGGAUUUUGGUAGUGAGUUCUUCAUGGGACGAUUGAUGAAGAAGCUCCCAGAAACACGAAUCUCCUUCAUGGAAGGUAUGUGGAGCAGUAUAUUUUCCAUGGAUCUGAUGUAUGUCUGGAAUUUGGCCAAUAACUCAGAAGAUUUCUGGAGCAGGUGGACAAGAGACAGAGUAAAUGACAUUGAUGAUUCCAUUUUACCUUCAAAACCACUCAGUCUGGAAACUCGCCUGGUUGCUUCCCAAGACCAGCUUUCUUAUGCUCUCCGAGAUGUCUUAACAGGACGCCCAACGAUAGCAGAGUAUCCCAAUUUCCUGAAGGGCUUUCAGUUUCAUGAUGCAUACUUGGAGAAUGCGCGGUUUUCUCCAUGGAAAGACACUGUGCUGGAUUCUCAGCCUAAUGAACUAAUGAAAAUAGCAGCAGAAGCUCUGUCUCUGGUGGAUACUGGGUUUUUCAUCAACACCAGCUACCCGCCCCUUCUGAAACCUGAGAGAAAAGUGGAUGUUAUACUACAUUUAAAUUUCAGUGGGGGCUUACAGACCUUGAAUCUGGAUCAGUUUUCAACAUAUGCCUCUCAGCAGGGAAUCCCAUUCCCCAAAAUUGAGUUAAGUGCGGAAGAUAGGGAAAAUCUGAAGGAGUGCUACAUGUUUGAAGAUAAAGAUAAUGUAGCAUCUCCUGUGGUGCUCUUUUUCCCACUGACAAAUGACACCUUCAGAAAAUACGAAUCGCCUGGUGUGGAACGCAGCCCCACAAAUAUGGAAGAAGGCAAUAUUGAUGUCUCCAGCUCUCAUUCCCCAUUUUCUACAAGGCAAGUCAGCUUCUCAGAGGAGAACUUUGACAGAUUGGUAAAGCUGGCUGAAUACAACAUCCUGAACAACGAGAACAAGAUUGUUGAAGCCUUGCAUUUAGCAGUGGAGCGAAGGAAACAGCAGAUGUCAUAAGCAGCAGAGCCUCAAACACAGUGAGACUUGCUUCUGAGUAAACACAACUAGGAUUCUGCUGUUAAUUAAA